AUGCCAGGCAUCAAGUUCAUACCCGAGGAGCGACUAUCGGGUCAUCAGCGCGCUCCCCCAGAGCCCGUCGAGCCUCUCGGCCAUGUCCGCUUUUCGAAAGGACGCGCGGCGUCGACCUUUCACGCCACCGACGACGCCUCUCGCUCCCAAGAACUGGCAACGGUGCCGCUGCGCAGACCACCCAGGCCCAGACUGAGACGCGCCAUUCGAAGCCUCUGGCGUUGA